UCUACGCUAUGGAAGCUUUAGCGGGAAAGUUAAAGCUAUUCUGGUGUUCUCACUUUUAUUAAUUGCUGCUUUGUGUCUUGUGAUAGAAAUUCCUAUUCAAUCGGUAUUUAAUAUGGAUAUUAGUAAAUAUUUGAAGAACACCAAGACUUUAGAUGAUUAUAUCAUAACAACACAAGACUUUGUAAAUAAAUACAGUCGUUCGAAAAUUCGAUUAAAUAUGUCAGCAGUUCUUGCUCUGAAAACUGUUAGAUCAUUAGAAAUAGAAUAUUUCAAUAAAAAGGGCGAAAAUGGCGUUGCAGUUCACAUCUUCAAAGGUCUUUUAGAUUUACCAGGAUCUAAAACAUGGGGCCUACUGGGUAAAGAGUUAAUUUCCAUUCUAAAGUAUUGGUUUGAUACAUUGAGACAACAUCUACUCCAACACACCAACUGGUGGAAUUUCUUAACUCUGCUUUUAAAGUUUGUAAAAGAGAUAAGAAUAAAGGACGCAUCCAUAAACCAAACUAUAAUAGAGGAUUUAGCUGAUAAUCUAUUACAUUUAGCAACCCAUCAACAUCCAAAUACAAAUCAGCGGCUUCACAUUAUAAUGUGCUUUAACAUUUGUAGCGGAGAGUCUAAUAGAGAGAUCAGAAUUGCUUUGAGAAAUAAUUUUGAAAAGCAUUUCAUAAAACUAUCAGAGUUGCUCGCUCAUUGUGGUGACUUCCGACUCCAGUAUAGCAUGCUUGAGUGCCUCAUGCGAUGGCUAUUGCCUCGACAAGAACUAUCUGUUAGGAAAAAAGCUGCGGAAAUAUGGUUUCCAAGGAACUUGUAUAGUCAAAACGCUGUUGAUGUUUUCUUGAAGAGUACUUGGAUGAAUUUCUUUAAGGAUGCAAGAGCUUUUCUAAAUGCACUCAAUGAUAAAAAUGAGUUGAUCACUUCAGUGCAGUGCAGGAAAUUUAUUAUUGGCAAUUUAGAACUUAUCACCCUCACAGACAAAAAAUAUUGGCUUGAUUUGAACGCUGGCAACAAAAAUGUCUCGCUCAUGUUGGAACUGAAAUUAUUGGAGUUAUUAAAAACUAAUAGCUCCAUGUCGGAUGCGUUAGUUAUAAAUGAAGAUAAUGUUAUUUCUGUUAAAAUGAUGAUGGAGUCAUCGUUAAUAAAAAUUGAAUUGCAUAUAAUAGAUACGAAGCAAUUGCACAGCUCUGAUGUUUUGGAGGGAAACGCAGUAAAGAUUUACUUAAGUGCUGAAAAUAUUGUUAGAGUCAAUACGUCUUUGGUUCAAAUAUUUGAACAUAAAUAUCAGAUAUUAUUAGACCUAAAUAAAAUUCAAGGCACUGCAGAAAAUACAGGAGAGUGUUCUCAAAUCGAAAAUUCGGAGGACACUAGAUUUUCAAAUCCUGUGAAAUGGCGGCGUAGAAGACAUUCAGGUGUUAAUGCUAGACCUGGGAGGCCUGUUUCGUGGCAGUCGCAGGCAUCCAGCGCGUCUACUUCGUCUUUAGCACUGUUGCGAGAAAAACUAGCUGCGUUACCGGGUUGUCAAUUCGAAAGAGAGCCAGUCAGUGUCUGUGCUUUACCUCAGCUAUCUAGUGUUACUGAAGUCACAGAGAUCGACGACAGCCAAAGUUUUAACGACGAUAGCACGCUUCGACUUAGAACUUUCGGCGUCGCCAUCAAAAAAAAAUCGGAUUCCGACCAUGCAACAGUUACAUCUCGCCAUACGGUUUCGGAAAAUAAUAACCUUUCUCCCCCUCCCAAUAACGAUGAGGACUCAAUAAGUUGUUUGCUAGCGGCUACCAUCACGUCCGCUGACGAUUCUGUUAUAAAUGACACGCUUGAUAGAUUCCCAAAAGACAAAGUAAUAAAUACAGAUAACAUCGUUGAUAUGUUAGUCAAAGAAGCUCUACAGUCUGAUCGAACAGUAGAUCUUAUACAUGAGAAUACAAAAAAUAUACGAACAGAAUCCGAAGAAAAGGCGGCAAAUGUGAAAAACAUAGCCAAAGAGAGUACAAUCUAUGAAAUAAAUGAGAAUAAUAAUAUCGUCCAACAUUUGGGAGAUAAAUUAAAUGCUGAUUAUAUAGAAGGUACUCCAAAUUAUGUUUUUCCAAAACAUACAAAGGAAGUUAUUAUCAGCAAUAAAGUAAUUUCAACAGAGAUUAAAGAGUCAAAUAAAUACAUUAAUAAUAAUAACAAACCGGCACUGAACCCUCAAGUCGUUGAAGAUUUCUUCACGCAGCAUUGCGGUGAAAAUAAUGACGAUGUGAUUUUAAGUCCUUCACUAGCAAAGAAAAUCAACGAAACAAGUUCAGAAUCAAGUGAAGAGUUUGAUCUACCCACGAACAAUGAUAUUGAGCGAGAUUUCAAUUUUAACGAAAUAGACAUCUUCGAAUGUCUUAAUGAUUUGGUCGAUCAAGUUUGCAAUGAAUUAGACAAUUACAUAAAUAAACAAAAUAUUACGAUGCAAAAUCCCACAAAUGAUGUUGAAGCUGGUCUUCAGAAUGAUGGAACAGAUGGGAGCGAUUGUAAAGUAACAAAAAAGAUAAAUAGCAAAAAAGCUAUUAAUCCUAAACCCAUAAAAUUAAAAUUUAAAACAAUGAAACGAAAUAAAAAGCAAUCCAAAUCUAAGUUGCAAAUUAAAACUGAUGAUAAUAAUAUGUCAAAUGUACGCGAUGAGGACUUUAAUAUAAAAGAAACUAACAACAAUAAUAAGAGCAAAAGCCCAGAAAUUACGAAAGUUCGUAGGCGACGUAAAUUAUACUCCCCUAAGGAUGAACACAUAAUAAAUGCUGCAAAGUCUACUAUGUAUGUAUCUGAAAGUGAAAAAGAUGACGUAGCACCGGAGCAACUACCAUACAGUGAUACUCCUAAAUCUAAAGCUACGUCGUACAAAGAAAUAGAACAAUUAAAACGAUCGACUCGGAGACUCGUAAAAAAUAAUAAAAUGAAAAAUGAACCUCUUCUCUCCCCGAGGUCGAAAAAAAUUAAUGAUGAUUUUAAUAACCUUAAGAAAACCGUCGAUAAUAACGAGAAUAUUACCCUUGUAGAUGCAAAACGGGAUAAAAACCUAGCAAUGUAUAAUUUGUCCAGCGACAGUGAAGAUAGUGAUUUUAAAAAGAAAUUUACUCAAACUUAUAAAAGAACACCUACCACUACUCCUGUAAGACGUAGUCGUCGCAAUAUACUGCCCAAAAACUAUUCAGAAAUAGAAACUAGAGGAAGAAAAACUAAAGCAAAGAAUAAACAACGUGAAAUCGAUACAGUUAGAUUAUCACGAGAUGAACUUGUUGAUGAAAAAAUGCGUGAACCGAUAUCAGAAACUUUAAAUGCUUCUGUUACAAUUGAAGUUCCCAAAGAAAUGCCUGAGAACAUGCAUUUAGAACCAAAUAUAAACAUCGUUCCUCAAAUGGAAGUUAUCGAUGAACAAAUACUUGAAAAAUGCACAAAAAAAUCUCGGUCAAAAAGGAAAACAAAGCAAUCAAAGAAAAACGAGCAGUCUUUGAAAAGUGUUAAUGAUUUAGUGUUGGAAGUUGGGCAAAAGAAGGAACAGAGUAUAAGUCCAUUACCCGCUCUGAUAGUUGAAUCACAGCCAAAGGAUAUUAACAUGGAAGAUUCUGUUGUGGCUUUGGAAAAACUCCAAGACAUGUGUGAAGGCGAGUCAAUUGGAAAACGUCUUGAAUUGAAUACGACCCAAAAUCUACUUUCAGACUUAGAACAACAUAAUUACAGUCCGCAAAAACUAAGGACUAGCAGUAUAGACAAAAUAGAACUUGAAAAAUCGCCUUCCAAACAUAAGAAAAAUAAGACCCGUAAAAGUCACAAUUCAAGUACACGUGAUAAGCCAACUGAUGUUACCAAUAAAGAUGAAAGCCUUACGAAGAAAAAGAGCCAGAAAAAUAAAAAUCACCGAAAACGUGAGAAGAAGCGGUCAAGCAGCACUGACAGUGAUACUGUAAAAGACUGCGUUAAAAUACUAACAGUUAGUGCCGUAAUCGAACAUGAGUCGCCCAAGUCCAUACUGACGCUUGGCAUAACGGGUCACGGAAGUUCUAAAGAGAACCCUCCGAGUUCCAACCAAUUGGAUCAAAGCUUGCAACCGCGUGACUUAGAAGUUGAAUAUCUGGAUGAUUCUACCAAAGAAUACCACAAAACUCUCACGAACGAAACGCACAAGUUGUGGCAUUCGAACAAUAGCGAUAGAGCGAGCAGAGUUUCAAAUGAAGAUGUACGGCGUAUAAUUAGGAAUUCACCAGCCGUUCCUAUUAAGAGGCUGUCUUCCCAGGAAAUCCAUGAAUGGGUGCCACCACGACACAAUUCCAUAUUCGGAUCCGAUCAAAGCGACAUCUCCAAACAAUCUAGAGUCUCAAAACAAUCUAAAAAGUCGAAAAAUGAAACUGCGGCUUCUUCAACAACAAAGAAGAAACCGAUGGUGAGCACAAUAUCUCCAAUCAAGUUGUUCCCUACAAACCCGAUAUCGAUUUCUGAAGGUGGUUGCGUGAACAUGAACAGACCAGAAACUAUAUCGUCUAAAACUGGAAUAGAGAGUAAAUCGAAAUACGAUUUUCGUAAGCGGAAAAAUGCAAUUGCUGUAGAUUCUACACCAAAGAAAUCAAGAUUAGCUUCGACUGAUACAUCUUCGCCUAUAAUAUCCAGUAAGCCGACGACGAGUAAAGCUAAGUACAGGAUUUCAGAAGAGGUUGUGCCCAAUGUUAGUCAAAGCUCGUCCGUUAGUCAUUGGAUGAAGCAGAAUCAAUCUAUACUUUCUUCUUUACCUCCGGAAAACUACGAAACAUUCAUGUACAGAGACAAUUUGAACUUGAUAAUAGAAAAGUUGAAUACAACACUGGUUGAAAUACAACAUGACACCAGUCGAAGAUUCAGUCAGUUAUUUGUAGAAAUCCAAAGGCAACUGAAGGAAGGUUCAGAUACUCGCCAACACUUGUUCAGAGUUACGGGAUGUGAUAUGCUCGAUGCUAUAUCGCAAAUUAUCGAUUAUAAGUUCAAAGAACUGGAUAUUAGGUGCCAAGCAAUGGAAGAUAAAGUGCGUAACGACUUCAAAGCACAAACCUGCGCUGUGCUCCGCGAGGAUUCUAUAAGGAAACAACAAUUUGUCAAACUUCUCAAACAGGAUAUACGCAAUAUGAUGCCUAGUGAAUAGAGUAUAGGAAAUUACACGCAUAUAAUGAAAAUGAAAAUUAUUAUAUGCGUGUAUCAUCCUAAAAAUACACGCAUGUGACGAUGAUAAAAAUUAUUACAUGCGUGUAUGGUCCUAAAAAUACACGCAUGUAACGAUAAUAAAAAUUAUUUUAUGCGUGUAUGGUCCUAAAAAUACACGCAUGUAACGAUAAUUAAAAAUAUUGUUUUAUGCGUGUAUUCAACAUACCAUGAUUUGUUUUUGCUACUGUAAUACAAUUUAAACUGUUAGACAGGGACAGCACUACAAAACUAUUAUGCUGUACCUCUCAGACAUUUUUGUCUAUGGUUAAAAUGCAAGAACAUAACAUGGGACUCCCUUUCAAUUAAAUGUAAAGAAGAAAUGUUUUAUUAUUAUUAUAAGGGUAUAUAUAUGAAGUAUAUACUAAAGUUUCAAUAUUAGUAGGUAUGUGUUGUAUUAUAACAUAGGGUAAUUGAUAUAAAUUCAAGUUAGCGUGUAAGAAAAAUGGGCAAUAUGUUGUGCUUAUUUCAUUUUUUCUCUAUGUUACUUAUUGGAGUUUUAAUUAUUUAUAAUUUAAUGAUUGUUACCUAUGAUUUGUUUUAAUUUUAUUUUAUUUGCCUUGUUAAGAAACGGUUUUAUGUUCAGUUAAGUGAAGUUUUAGACU